GAGUGAAACGACAACGAUGGCGACGUUAGGAUCAAAAGUGGGAAGAAUGAAAUUGGGUUCAGAGGGGCUUGAAGUAUCUGCUCAAGGACUUGGUUGUAUGGGUAUGUCCGCUUUUUACGGGCCGCCCAAACCCGAACCCGAUAUGAUCGAACUAAUCCACCAUGCCAUUAACUCCGGCGUCACUCUUCUUGAUACCUCCGAUGUAUAUGGGCCUUACACCAAUGAAAUCCUCAUUGGUAAUGCUUUGAAGGGAGGGAUGAGAGAACGAGCUGUAUUAGCAACAAAAUUUGGUAUUGUUUUAGGAGAUGAAAAGAAAGCAGAAGGAAAGAGAGAAGUGCAUGGAAAUCCAGCCUAUGUAAGGUCAGCGUGCGAGGCUAGUUUAAAGCGACUUGAUGUUGACUGUAUAGACUUGUACUAUCAGCAUCGAAUUGAUACACGUGUUCCAAUUGAAGUCACGGUUGGAGAACUUAAGAAGCUGGUCGAAGAAGGUAAGAUAAAAUAUAUAGGUCUAUCCGAGGCUUCAGCAUCAACAAUUAGAAGAGCACAUGCUGUUCAUCCAAUAACAGCAGUACAAUUAGAAUGGUCUCUAUGGUCGAGAGAUGUAGAGGAAGAAAUAAUCCCUACUUGCAGAGAACUCGGAAUUGGGAUUGUGGCAUACAGUCCACUAGGACGGGGCUUUUUGUCUUCCGGUCCAAAGCUGCUUGAGGAUUUGUCAAAUGAAGACUACCGAAAGCAUCUGCCAAGGUUCCAGGCUGAGAAUCUUGAGCAUAACAAAAAGUUGUAUGAACGGAUUUGUCAAAUGGCAGCUAAGAAGGGAUGCACCCCUUCUCAACUAGCGUUGGCCUGGGUACAUCACCAAGGAAACGACGUGUGUCCCAUUCCUGGCACCACUAAGAUUGAGAACUUCAACCAGAACAUUGGAGCUCUGUCCGUAAAGUUAACAUCAGAAGACAUGGCAGAACUUGAAUCCAUUGCCUCAGCUAACGCAGUCCAGGGUGAUCGAUAUAUACCUGGUAUGAGUACUUUCAAAAAUUCAGAAACGCCGCCCCUUUCAGCAUGGAAGGCUACAUGAUGUUGCAGUUGCUUGAGUUGUUCUUGUGUUUGUGCAUAAUAUGCACUGAGAAAGUAUAUUUCCCUGUUUCAAAAUUCAAACUAUAGUGCCAUUUGCUUAUGGUUCAAAUAAUAAAUUUCAU